GCGAAUGAGAGAGUCAUGCAUCCAUUAAUGAACUCCGCGCGCAGGAGUUCCAGCGGGCACCAGGCUGGCGUUUCCUCUCCGCCCCUCUCUUCUCUUCUCUUCCGUGCAGUGCUGGUCACUGGGACUGAUUAAUGAAUCAUGAGGUGGCUGCUGUUAAUGCAUUUAUCUGGGGCAGACUCCAUCGCUGCCUUCCGUUUGCCUUAGUGCGGUGGUGGGGUGAAGCGAGCGGCAGAACGGGCGAAGCUCCUUCCCGGGUGUAUUUCCCCCCCCCCUCCGCAUCUUUGCCUGCGCGCCCAGCACCUGCAAGGCGACCCCCGCUGUCUCUUUUUGCUGCCAGCCGGGCACCGACCGCGCUCCUGGAGCUGAAGAACCGUCUCUGCCCAUGGGUCCUCCUGGGGAGGUUUUAUUUCAUACAAAAAGAAACGUCACACUGUGGAAUGAUGCCCUGAGCCCCUUCUGUCACUAUACAGUUGCUGGAGUCAUUGUCCAGUAUUUCCAAUAUUCCUAACAACAGCUAAACUAUAAAUCCAGGAGAUCAUGGAUUGUACCAGGCAGGACUCAGGUCCUAACAGUUAGAGGUGUUUCAGCAGCCAGCAGAUGAAGCUAUUCAACUAUUUUCUGCUGUGAAAAUAGAUUGGUGAUGUUUGAGACAUCCAUUACUGCUGUGCCCCUACGUCCAUCACCUGCCUUGCCAAGAGGAAACGAGCUCAACUUUUUAUCACCCAAGCACAACAGCAUUUUGCACUGAUUGUCUCUCCAUCUCCACAUGGCCUUUCUACUGGUGUCAGCAUACCUUUUGCUGACUCGUACCCAUGGUGCUCCGGUUGAGAAUGGGGCUCUCAUGGAGACACUGAAAUCCCAAGUUGUAUUGUUCAGCAAUAAAAGCGAACACUAUUCAGCACAAGUAAGACCACCUGGAACCAGCAGGCGGAUACCUCAGACAAUCAUCAUUGGAGUUCGUAAAGGAGGGACCAGGGCUUUAUUAGAAAUGUUGGAUGUUCACCCAAACAUUGUGGUGGCUGCUACAGAAGUUCACUUUUUUGACUGGGAUGAGAAUUACAUGAAAGGAAUAGACUGGUAUAGGAGCCUGAUGCCGUUUUCAUAUGAAAAUCAAAUAACUAUUGAGAAAACACCAGGCUAUUUUACCUCACCACAGGCUCCCGAAAGGAUUCAUGAUAUGAAUAGCUCUAUUAAACUGCUGCUUAUUCUAAGAGACCCCACAGAGAGAGUUAUCUCUGAUUAUACCCAAGUCUAUUACAAUAGACUGGAAAGCCACAAGCCUGUUCAGCUCUUUGAAGACAUUGUUAUUAAAAAUGGAGCACUUAAUACCAAAUACAAGGCUAUCCAGAGAAGUCUGUAUGAUAUCCAUAUGGAGAGGUGGCUUAAACAUUUCCACCUGGAUCAGAUUCACAUAGUUGAUGGAAAUACUUUGAUCAAAGACCCUCUUCCUGAAUUGCAAAAAGUGGAAAGAUUUCUGAACCUGCCUUCCAGAAUCAUGUCUUCAAAUUUUUAUUUUAACCAGACCAAGGGGUUCUAUUGCAUUAGGAGUGAUGGAAGAGAGAGAUGUUUACAUGAAUCGAAAGGGCGCCCACAUCCUGUUGUCAACAGUACUGUUUUAGAGCAACUUUACUCCUACUUCAGAGAGCACAAUGCAAAGUUUUAUAGAAUGAUUAAUCAUUCUUUUGAUUGGCAUUAGUAAUUUUUGUUUUUUUAAGAAAAAACUUUCUUUUGGAAAAAAAACGCCCUGCAGUAAUUUAUUUUCAAGCACUUCGUGAUAAAUUCUGGAUUCUAUUUGUCUUGAUGUGAAGACCAGAGUUUUAUUCCCUGGGGUAUAACACUGGAAGCCUAUUGUGUUAAAUGACAAGCACUCUUUAGUGCACAGCUUAAUAUUGGCUUGUAACUACUGUAAUGAACAUGAUUGCACCAGUCCAAGGCCACUGACUUCAAUGGAGUUAUUUCAGAAUUACACUUGUAUAGCUGAACUGACUCAUUUUUCUCUUUUUAUUCAAAUUUAUGAACAAAUGGGGUUCCACAGGAAACCAUUCCUUAACAAUGUUUAAACAGAUAUGUACCUGAAAUUGUAUUAUUCUAGCUUUCAGGUUUUGUUGACUGCUUUUAUUUUUCUAUCCAACUCCAUGAAAUAGGAUUGAUUUAUAGACCUUUUCAUAAAGUCAGAUAAGUAUAUGUUAUAUGAAAGGAAGGUUUGGACUAGCUCCAUAGCAGUUUUCAAUCUUUUUGUGAUAUGAAGAUUGUAUAGUAUAUCCCACCUAAAUGAGCCUCAAGGCCAAGUAUAAUUUUGAAUUGCUGAAUUUUUAUUCUCUAUAUAGGUUCUACAAAUUAAGGAACACAUAUAUUGCCCACUUGGGUAUCGAACCACUUAAGCUAUUUGAGGAAAUGUUAAGCUUUCAGCAUUCCCAGUACAAACAAAUGAGGACCCUAAAAACAAUUCCAUUUCAUACAAUAGAUAUCAGGAAUUAUCUGUUUAAUCAAUUUUGAUUCACUUCUUUAAAAAUAUACCCUUCAUCAAUACAUAAUUAUUGGUCUUGUUUGUAUUUUGUAAACAUUUGUUCCAAUAGUUUAUAUUACUAAUUUGGCACAACAUUUAUUGCAAAAACAAAGACAAAAAUUAAUUGCCUGCUCUCCAAUGUGUGGAGUAACUUUUGUAAUAUCUACUUGCAAAUCAUAAGAUGUACUCAAAGUGCAAAGUAACUUCAUGUGAUCUUGUAUACUAUACACACUAUAUUCAAAAUAUCAA